ACCUACUCACAUUUAACGUAUCGUCAUUUCACCAUGAAUUAUAUUACUGGUGUCUUUAACCCUUCUAGCUUGGUCACGACCCAAGGUGUUUUUAAUGGCUUGGCUGGAUUCGUAAUGUUAUUUAGGCCCGAUUUGUUCGUUCCUGAACUGGCAUCCUUCGCGUCUGUCGUUGAUAAGCCGGCAACCGUUGUAGCAUACAAGUAUUCUGGAGCCCUCUUGGUGGCACUCGGGCACUAUCAGACUUUUUCAGGAUCUAAGGGCGAUCCGGCUUUCGUUCGGAACACACUACAAAGUCGCGUGGCCCUGCUUGUCCUCUGUGGUGCACUAAAAUAUAUCUACGAUCAAAUGCCUUUUCGUAUUAUCGCUUUCUCCGCCGUUGAUCUUGGGUUGUCACUCUUGUCGUAUCUUACAAUGGAAUCUUCAUCUGGCACCGGAAAACGGACUCGUCAUGAAUGA